UCCCCGGCCGGCCGUCACCGAGGAGAGCUUGGGCUCUCUCCUCUCCCCGCCUCCGUCUCCGCCUCCGCCUCCGCGUCCGACCCCCUCCCUUGCCUUCCCGCGCAGCGCGCGUCCCCGCUCUCCGAGCUCUGCUGCUGCUGCUGCUGGGCGCCCGACGACCCGAGAUCCUCUCUGCCCCGGGAUCGAAUUCCUCCCUCCUGCGCGUUCCUCACCUGCGCCGGUCGAUCCCUGUUGGUAAGCCAAAAAAAAAAGCACAGUAGGAUGAAGCGCAAGCGCGGCCGCAAGCCAGCGGGGAAGAAGGCUGCUCCGGCGGCCGCGGCGGCGGAGUCCCCCUCGCCGGAUUCCCCGUCCAGUCCCAGCACAGAGGCGACGAACAGCACGCCAGAUCAGGCGGAGGUGGAUAACGCGCAGCCUCUCCCCGAAGCAGCAGAAGUAGCAGCGCCUGAACCACCACCACCUCCUCCUCCCCCUGAGCUACCCCAGAAGCCAAGCGCCGCCGCCCCAGUUAAUCCUCCCGUGGACAUACCGUACACCAAGCCCAAAGUGGGAGCCGUGUACGGCCGUGUGAAGUUGAAGUUCAAGUCAUCGAAAUCGGUAGACCUGCCGCCCCUGCGGCAGCUGGGUUCUUCAGGAGCUCAGGCACUGGCUGCUGAUGCUGGAAAAUCCCAGGGCACGACUAUACCUGAAGUAGUCAAAGAAGCUGCUGAUGCGGAGAAGGCUGCUGUCCGAACAGAUGGGAAGCAAGCGGACGUGCAGGCAUCGGAGCUGAUUGAUGCGGAUAAGGAAAAGGUGGCAAGGAAAGUAGGAGGCAUCAAGAUCAAGUCGGCGGGGUUAUCUUCUGUAGGAAACAACACCCCAGAUAGGAAAGCCGAUUCGGUUGAUGAGCCUCCUCCGAGCAAGCAGGAAGCUGUUUCGGAGAUCAAAGAAAUCGAGGAGACAAUAGAGCUGAGGAGCUCACAGGAGUCAGAGGAAAAGCAGUCUACUCCAGAGCGUCAGCGCGAUGAGAAAGAGCUUUCUGCUGCACUUGAAGCUAUUAAGAAAGUCAUGAAGAUGGACGCUGCUGAGCCGUUCAAUGUUCCAGUGGAUCCUGUUGCAUUAGGAAUACCUGAUUAUUUUGAUAUUAUUGACACUCCUAUGGAUUUUGGCACAAUAUGUACAAAUUUGGAACGUGGUGACAAGUAUAUGAAUUCAGAGGAUGUAUAUAAGGAUGUGCAAUUCAUAUGGGAUAACUGUACCAAGUACAACAGUAAAGGUGAUUACAUAAUUGAGCUUAUGAAACGGGUCAAGAAAGGCUUCAUGAAAAAUUGGUUGGCCGCAGGCUUGUAUUCUGAUGUGCCAGACAGUGGCGGCAAUGACAACACCGGCGAUGAGGAUGCUAAAGGCCACUCAAAAAGCAAGUCUAAAAACAAAAGGCGACGCCCAGGGAAUGAUCGCCACAAAAGUGACUGCAUUUGUGCUGUUUGUCAAGUUACACGGCGUAAGAAGGAAAGGGAUGAAAUAUUGGCCGUUGUAGAUAAUGAAACUGCUGCAAUGGAUAGUAACACUUCUGAUCAGCAUGACAUGGAGGGAAACUCUGGUGCGAAUAAUGCUGGAAGUCAUGAUACUUCCUCUAGCCAGGAGCAACCACCACGGACUGAUGUGUACAAAGAGACAGCGGAAGCAGAUGAUUCUGGGAUUGGGAUAGAAGAUGUUGGAAAAUUCUCCAGUGGUCGGCCAUCUAGUUUGCCGUGUGCUGAUUAUGAAGAUGAGGGUUCCAGACAGGGAAAAGAACAGGUUGAGUAUAGAGAUAUGAACAGUAACGAAGAGCAUACUUCCACUCAGCCUAAUGAAUACUCUGAUGUUGAGAACCAACAGAAGGCACAGAUAGAGACCAGCCAAGAGGUUGAAAUGGAGGAGGAUUAUCCCAUGCAGCAGGAGAACCCUUCAUUCCUGGAACUAUGCGCGAGCCUCUUCCCCAGCAACCAGCGCUCCACUUUCAGGGUCCGCCAUUCACUGUUCCGUCCACGACGCCGAGCUCCAUUGAAGGAGAGCCCCCUGCAUGUAGCCAUGGCAGCAAUAAUGAAGCGUUAGGAAUUCCACAGCUUGGUUUCGUGCAAGACAAGCGCCGUUCUGACUUGGGCAAAUCUUACCCUGAAGACAUGGAAGCUGGUUAGAAUGAUGAGGCUGAUUAGUGUAUACAAUUCUUUGAGCUCAGGAUCUGGUGUGUAGGGGUGUGAUUGGUUGUGCCAUGCCUGCCUAUUAUAACAUGGAUUCAGAAAUUCUCUGAGAUUUUUGUAUCAGGCUAAUUGCAAUAGCCACAUGUUGCUCCAUUGCUUGCCGCCCUGGCAUAGGGUUGGCCUGGACCUCCCCUAUAAUUGGAUGAUCUGAAGGAUUUGUUUA